UUUGUUUGCUUAUUACAUCAUGAGGAAAACAGUGCGUUAUAAAACAAAGCUAUGUAAACUAGCUCUCACGGGAGGAUAUGACUGACUCAACCGACUAUAUUGUUCACACAUUAGCUAGCCUAGGUUAGCUAGCUUAGUCCCCUCGCUCUCUGCCCGAGUCCCAGCCGGUUCCUCUAGCCUGCUCAGUAAAGAUAACCAGCUAGCUAGUCCACUCGCAACGGGCAGAUUGCUUUGGGAUUUGAAGAUUAGCUUUACGAUGUGUGUUUACACUGAAAUCGGUUGUAUAGCUAUCUGGCUGCUUGCACUUUACACAAACAGUGACUCGCUAGCUGGCGAGCUAAAUGGCCAUGAAGGAGUGAGCUAGGUUAGGUUAGCCAGGGAUGGCAGUGAGGAGUCUCCGAGGCAUCCUGUCCAAGUUGAGACUUUACAAAACAGUUGUGCUGGAAUACGUGUGGGACGUAAGGACUGAAGAGCUGGCUGGCUAAAUGCAAGUUAGUAAGAGAAGCUUUUGAGGGGAGUGGGGACAUAGCUAUGCAGAGCGAGGCGCACCCUGUUUGGGACGAACACCAGGCGUACGAGGAGCUGCUUUAUUGGGACAGCCUCAUCCAGGAGGGUCACAGCCUACAUCCCCACGACUACGACAGGUAUGAAGAACUGCGAUACUGGUAUGACUGCCUGUGCUACGAGGAAGACCUGCGUCACUACCACGCAUACUUGGCCGAGUGGAAGAAGAGGGAGGCGGAGUUUGCCCAUCCUGAAGCGGCUGUGAAACUCCCCCCACAGCGCACAUUUGUCAGCGAGGACCGGCAUGUGAAGGCCAAACACGCGUCUGUGUAUCCGACGCCGGAGGAGCUGCAGGCCGUGCAGAACAUGGUGUCGCAGGUGGAACAGGGCCUGAAGACUGUGGCCGAUUGGAUGAAUGAACAGGAAACGGCCAAUGGGGACACUGAAAGUGCAGAGUCAUUGGGUAAACUGCGAGGUGUUUUGAGGGUGGGGCUCGUGGCGAAGGGUCUGCUACUCAAACAGGACUUGGACCUGGAGUUGGUGCUGCUCUGUAGUGACAUGCCCACCUCCAUCUUGCUGCAGCUCAUCUCUGACAAACUCAGUGAAGUCCUAAAGACGCAGGCAGAGGACGAGUAUGUGGUGACUGCACUGGCGGCGGAUGCGGCCAUAACGGUGUGGAGCGUGAAGGAGCCCGUCCUGACCCUGCGGGUGCACCUGACUUCUCCCGUGGUGCGCGAGCAUACAGAGAGAGAGGCUGACGGAGAAGCGCUCGGGGGCAGCGCGCCCGCGGAGGCCCUGGACAGGCUCAAAUGCCUGGCGUCUCUGGCGUCUCUCCGCCACACCAAGUGGUUCCAGGCUAAAGCUAAUGGUCUGCAGUCGUGCGUGAUCGUCAUCCGGAUCCUGAGAGACCUGUGCUCACGUGUGCCUGCCUGGAGUCCUCUGAAGGGAUGGGUUCUGGAGCUGCUGUGUGAGAGAGCCAUAGCAACCAGUGACCGACCAAUGGGAGCAGGAGAAGCCCUGCGGAGAGUUCUGGAAUGUCUUGCAUCAGGAAUUCUGCUGGAGGAUGGUCCUGGUAUUGUAGACCCGUGUGAGCGGGAGACUGUGGACGCUAGCUGCCAUCUUACCCAGCAGCAAAGGGAGGACAUUACCCAGAGUGCACAGUUUGCCUUGAGGCUGGCGGCGUUUGGACAGAUGCACAAAGUGCUGGGAAUGGAUCGCCUGUCGCCCCGAGCUGCCCGCAUGUACAGUGACCUUCAGUACCCCCCUCAAAUCCCAUCUCCUUAUACUCCGAAGAGGACCCUGGAGGCCCACGCAGAGGGAGAUGCCAGCAAAAGAAAGGCCAAGUUCCCACGGAAAGAGGGUCGUACCGAGCCUGCUAAUGCUCUAAUGAAGCUGCACCAGCUCCGUCCUGGUCUCCUCUACCGGCUGGUGUCUCAGACGGGCCCCGACCACACGCCCCAUUUCACCAUGGCCAUAGAGGUGGAUGGGACCACAUACGAGGCAUCGGGUCCCUCCAAGCGCAGUGCCAAACUCUUUGUGGCCCAGAAGGCCCUACAGGCUCUGGGCGUGGCCACAGGUUCAGAGAGCAAAACGGCCAGUCAGAGCCAGAGUCAGGAGGGCACUGCCAUGGCAACCAGCAGUAGUGGGAGUGACGGAGCAACUACGACAGGAGAGGACAGUUCAGAGGCCACUCUGCAGGGAGGCCCCAUCCUUACCAAACAUGGGAAGAACCCAGUCAUGGAGCUCAAUGAGAAGAGGCGUAGUCUGAAGUAUGAGGUCGUAUCUGUUAAAGGGCGAUUCAAUGACAAGACCUUCACCAUAGAGGUGGAGGUGGAUGGGCAGAAAUUCCAGGGUUCUGGCUCCAAUAAGAAACUAGCAAAGGCCAAUGCGGCACUGGCCGCCCUGGAGAAGCUCUUCCCCUAUGACUCCAGCUCCGACAGCGUGAAGAAGAAGAGAUUUCCUCUGACAGGCUUCGGAACUAUGGGUGGUGUGCCAUUCAACUCUAUAUCCAGCAGGGGGCGGGGCAGGACCCGUGGGAGGGGCCGAGGAUUCAACAGUGUUUGUUCCUCUUAUACAGGUGCAGCUGAUGUGCCAGAGAGCCCUCCAACUGUGAGCAGUGCUACAAGUGUGGGCAGUUCCACAUACUACUCCAGCCAGCCUAAAACUAUAGAAUCCCCAGAGGGUCAGUCAGCCUCUGCAGACACAAACAAAGCCACAUACCAAGCUGUGCCUCCACCAGCUACUGGCUACUACAACCAGUACAGCCAAGCUUACUCGCAGUUCAAGAAGAGUGGCCAGAAUCAGAACCAGACCCAAACACAGAACUCCCCACUGGUAGGGCCAGACUACGGGUAUGGCUACCCGAACCAGACAAUAGGAGGGCAGGACUACAGUUACGGAGCAUAUGGUAGCCAGUCAACAUUUGGUCCACCAACCCCACAGAAUUAUGGGUACCACCAGAGUGCCUACCCCAACCUUGGGGGCUAUAGUAGCGGAACCAGCAACGUAAGCUUUGGUUACAGAUAGACUCUGAGCACAUGCCUUGUCUGACAGCUCUGGCCCAGGGAGAUUCCUGCCUCCACAUCUUUCUCUGGUGCCAUCUGGAACUUCCCCAGUACCAAGGACUGAUGUCUCUUUCAGAGUGAGCACGUGCUCAGUUAUGAGCUACCCCUUCACACUGAUCUUUAGGGUUAGGUUGUCUUCACUUAUGUCUCCUGUGUUCUUUUCAUUACAGUCAGAGUUCCAUUAGCAUGGCCUUUAUAAGACUCUUAUUUUAAUCCAAAUGAUUCAUUGUGACCCUGGAAACUCUUCUUUCCAGACAGGAAGUCUCUCAGGACUUCUCUUUUUCAAAUAGGAAUAUUUUGACCAACCUUCUCAUUUUCUUCUCCCUGGAUGGCCAGUAUAAUGAAUGUGAACCGAAAAACAUUUCUUGUCUAAGUAGCUGCUGACCUGUUGACCCAUGGGGAGUUUGUGGAUCCUGUUGUAAAGUGGAUUAUUUCCUUUGAGUGUGUUGUUUUUUUGUUUUUGUUUUUUUUUUCCAUUCUUUAGUUCCAUGGCUGUAGCCCUGAAACUGUGCUAGUAAUAGAGAGCAUAGUAAAUGAACACUGACCUGUGGCUGAAGUUGUCAUGUCACUCACCAUAUAAAUAAAAUGUUUUCUAUUUUUAAAGCAAA